AUGUCAUACAUUACCGAUGAUAAUGUUUCUAACAACAAUGUGUCUGACUCAAAGUACUUGGCAAUCUUUGAGCAUCAUCACGGAAAUAUGCUUGUAGACCAAACAAUUGAAAUUAGUGAUUUUGGUGAAGGAGCUUCUAAUAUUGAAAUUAUUGAGGAGAGUGAAGAAGAAAUUAAUGAAAUAAACACUAGAGCAACUCGUGAAAAAAGCAUAAUGAAUGAAAUAGAUGAUAAUAUGGGUGAAGCAAGUAAAUCAGAUAAAAAGGAAAAAAAAAAGGCAAUUAGUCAUAAAGCUGGAAAUAAAUCAAACCUUUCAGAAUUACCUGAAUUUGAGCUGUUACAUACCUUUUCUAAUCAUCAUGGUUAUUCAACACUACCACAUGAAAUGCAAAUAGGUAUCAUUAGUCCAAUUGGUUAUGAAGGAGGACGUGUGUGGGUUCCAUUAACUUUAAAGGAGUUAAAAGUGUGGAUUGCAUUAGUUAUAUAUAUGAGUGUUCACAAAAUUUAUGCAGUUGAGGAUUUAUGGAACUCUAAUGAAAAGAUGGCGGUUCAUAAUAUUAAACAAUUUAUGUCAUUGUAUCGAUUCCAACAAAUUAAGAAAUUUCUUCAUAUUUUUAAUCCAACUGAACCUAAAUCUUAUUGGUAUUCAAAAAUCGAACCAUUGGCUUCAAAUCUUCGGGAAACAUUUAAAAAAUUAUAUACUCCUAGUACACGAGUUUCUAUUGAUGAAAUGAUAGUUCGGUUUUCUGAUUGUAGCAUGCAUACAUUUAAAAUAAAAAACAAACCAACGCCAGAGGGAUAUAAAAUUUUUUCCCUUUGUGAUGCUGGUUAUACAUGGACAUUUGUAUUUUAUUCAAGGGUUGAAAAAAAUAGUGAAUUAGAACAUAUUAACGGUAUUAAUGAUACAGGCUGUUUAGUUUGGCAUUUAGCUAAGCAACUUUCGUGUGGAAAGAACUUUCAAAUAUAUAUGGAUAAUUAUUUUACCAGUAUUCCACUUUUUAAUUUUUUGCGCACUAAUAAUUUAGGAGCAUGUGAUACUGUACGUACUAAUUCAUCUAAAUUUCCUAAAAUAUUAAAACUUGAAAAUCCUUUAGUUUUAGAUUGGGAUACUCUUUCUGUCAUGGUUUUUGGUGAUAAUGUAAGAAAAGAAUUAAAAAUUCCAAAACUAAUUGAUGAUUAUAAUCAUUAUAUGGGAGGACUUUUAGAUACUACACUUGUUAAUUGUUUUUUGCUUUAUUGCAAGAUUUCUGAUAUGGAUAUAUCAAGCAAAGACUUUAGAAUUGCUUUGGCAUGGGAUUUAAUUCAAGAAAAUCUAAAAAUUAUGACUAAAAAAAUAACUAGAAAAAGACCAAAUAAUGUAUUUUCUGCUGAAUCAUCAAAAAAUAAGCGAGUUGCUUAUGUUACAGACAAUUUUGAGCUACCUUUAUUUUGUUUUUUAUCAGGAAAUUACUUGGCAGAAUGGAGAAACAAAAGAGAAUCAU